AUGCCCACCAAAUUCACCAUCGCAGUCUUCGUCGGUGACCCCGUCGACUUCGUCAAAUUCCGCCAUGUAGCCAUCCACAUCCGGUUUGCUGACGGCGAAGACAACCUGGUGCAUGUGGUGGGCGCUCACCCAUUCUUCAUCUUCACCAACGAAGAGAGGGAUCCCACGACCACGAGGCAGCUGGCCGUUCUGAUCCCCGUGGCAUCGGCCCCCGAUACCAUCGCCAAGCGGGCCAUCCAAAAGGCCUGUGCAGCAACCCCCGUGCGGAAUGAUCUGCACCACCAGGACUGGAAUUGCCAGAACUGGGUGGGCGAGGCUCUCUCGGAGUUGGUGGAAAUUGGCUGUGUUACGGAAGAGCAACGGUCAGCGGCGAUUGCUCAGAUGAUGGAUGCUUGUUUGGAGGCAAAAGAUGAGCCUUGA